AAGACGGAUCAUCUCAUUGCGCGAAGCUAUUCAGCAACUGUCGGCAAAAAUGUCUGCUACGGCGGGUGCAGGCGGUUGUGGACCCGGUCCAGGACCCAAUUCGGGUGCCGGGACAGCGGCUUCAAACCCACGAAAGUUUAGCGAGAAAAUAGCUCUUCAUACCCAACGUCAGGCCGAGGAGACUGCUGCUUUUCAGGAGGUUAUGAUGGACAUCACUUCUACGAGGAUACAGGCUCAAAAAGUGCGCUUGGCCAGAACGCAGGGUCCGUACUACGGCGGCUCCCUACCCAACGUCAAUCAGAUCGGCAGAAACACGGGGGACUUUCAAGGGUCGUUCCAUUCUAACUUGGACUCGAGCCGCUCCACGAGACACCAUGGCCUGGUGGAGAGAGUCCAGAGAGACCGCAGGUUCAUCUCCCCUGUGCGUCCCUACAGGAGACAAGUGGACAGCUCUCCGUACAACUCUGCCUACCUGUCCCCUCCCCCAGACCCCAGCUGGAGAAGGAACUGGUCCGGCAACUUCCCUGGGGACAAAAGCCAGUUGUUUCGGCUGCCCACCACAGCACUCAACAGGACAAACUCUGACUCGGCACUCCACACCAGCGUGAUGAACCCGCCUGCAGGGGACCCCUUCAACGCCGGCCACAGCCUCACCCACCAGGGCAGACACACCGGUCAGGGAGAGGGAGAGGGCCGAAGAAUGUUCCCUUACCCGGUUCCCCCCAUAGAAGAGAAUGUUCUAGACGAGGGCAAACUCCUCAAGCCUUGGGACACGAAAAAAUUGCCGCUCCUCUCGUCACGUCCCAAAUCCUGUGAAGUUCCUGGCAUCAAUAUCUUCCCCUCCCCGGACCAGCAGUCCAGUACGCCCCACGUCCCCUCAGCCCUGAACACGGGCGGCUCUCUGCCGGACCUAUCCAGUUUGCACUUCCCCUCGCCACUGCCCACGCCGCUGGACCCGGACGAGCCUGGCUACCCCUCGUCCCUGAGCGGCGGCAGCAGCACAGGCAACCUGGCCUCCACCCUCACCCAGCUGGGCAUCAACGCCAGCAGCUUCCACCACUCACCAGGUCUCCUGGCAUCUCUUCAGGGAACACUCAGUAACCCCUCUCUGCAGUCAUCACUAAGCAACCCAAACAUCCAAUCAUCUCUUAGCAGCCACUCCUUUCCCAACUCCCUCAGCUCCACCUCCCUACACUCGUCCCUGAGCAACCCCUCCCUCCAGUCCUCCCUCAGCUCCUCCCCCUCCCUCCAGUCCUCCCUCAGCAACCAAUCCCUGCACUCCUCUCUCAGCAACUCCUCCCUGAGUGGCCAGUCGCUCCAGUCAGCGGCCAGUAACCCCAGCUACAGUAGUGGAGUGGGUGGGUCCGGCUCCUGCUCCUCCUCCUAUUCACCAAUGCUUACUGGCCAGGGCCAGCCGCCACUCAGCACAUCUCCAAGGAGGCGGGCCCAGCUCUCCCCUUUGAUCUUACCCAUGGGAGGGGAGUCUCGGAGGCACCAUUCCAAACAGUUUUCGCCAACCAUCUCUCCCACCUUGUCCUCCAUCACACAGGGCGUUCCUCUGGACACCAGCAAACUGCCCAUGGACCAGAGACUACCCCCUUAUCCCUUCAGCCAGUCCCAGCAGCACCAGCCGGCUCCUCCAGGCUCCCACCAGGUCCAGCAGUCCGGCCUGCCCGCCUCCCAGACAGGCCAGCAGACCUCCAUGGCCAUGCACCCAGCAGGCCAGCAACAGCAGCAGCAGAACCCGCACCACCACCACCACCAACAGCAGCUGCACUCACCACACCAGCGCCACCAAGCGCACCAGCAGCUGCACCUGCACAACCUCCGCAACAGUCAGAACCAGCACGGGCAGCAGCACAUGGGCACGCAGCAGCAGCAUCAACAACAGCAGCAGCAACAACAGCAGCAACAACAGCAGCAGCAACAGCAGCAGCAACAACAGCAGCAGCAACAGCAGCAGCAGCAACAACAGCAGCAACAGCAGCAGCAGCAGCAGCAACUCCCACUGUCUAACAUGAAUGCCAUGUCCCAGUUCAACAUGGAUACCCAGGGGGAAGGCCUGUCAUUCAGCCACGCUCUGGGCUUCGGCUCCAUGGCAGGGAAGGGCCAGGAGGGCCCCUACUCCUCCAACCAGGGCUCUCUGGAUCCAGGGGACCAGCAGCUCCUCAACAACCAGAACCAGAACUACGGGGGCGAGGGGCGGCACAACGUUCCCAACAUCAUACUCACCGGAGACUCUCCUCCAGGCCUGUCCAAGGAGAUCGCCAGUGUCCUCUCCCAUGUCCCAGGCUUUGAGAUGGACCCGUUCUCCCUGGACGACCCCCUCAGGAUGGAUCCCCUGGCCCUGGAGGGACUGGGCAUGUUGGACGGAGACCUCAUGCUGGCCGACCCCGCCGUGGAGGACUCUUUCCGCUCGGACCGCCUCAAAUGAGCCGCCGCCCAGCCCUGCACUGCCUCCCCAUCCCCUCUGGAGUCAAUGUGUUUGGGGUGAAGGGGGCAGAGUGGUGUAGAAACUCCCCUCUUCUCCACCAAAACGUAGCCGACGGAGGUGACACAGAUUGGAUGGAGCCCUGCUUUGCUAGACUCUCUCGCUGGCAGUUGACCAGCUACAGGAUUCGCAAAAUGGGAUCCAAACGUUUAAGAGAUUUGGGUUCAUUUUGGGCAGAAAAUCCACAUGCCCUCUCUUUGUUAUGGAGCAACUGCGGAUGAGGUUAUUUCUGCUACAUUCAAGCACUUGUUGAAAAUGCUGUUAUGAUGCUUGAGCAGUCAAAACUAAACUUAACAAAAUAGGCAUUAGGUUGUACGAGUCUUAUCUGCAUGGUAACUAAAUGCACUUGGGAUAAUGCAAACACGCAGGGAUCACGCAUGUGAUGUCAGCUUGAUAUAAAAGAAACAAGUCAGUUGCACUUCUUAAAAAUCUUAUGAUAUGCAUUUGUCAAGCCAGGCCUUAACUAUGCUUUUUUGGCUUUGUGUAAACUGUUUUCACUCCUACACUCUAAUGAGAGGCCUGGAGUUACUGACCAAAUUUGCCAUAACUAAUAGUAGAAUAAUAAUUCUACUUCAUGAACUGUACAACCAUUUUUUCCCUGUUCUCUUCAUCGCUACCAGCAACUGGCCAGCCAAUUGAGAAUUGGGCCUUUUGACUUGGGUAUUAUUUUAUUUAGUGAAUCCAGGCAAAUUUGUGUUCAAUGUUUCAACAGUCAUAGAAGUCAUACAGAAAUCAGAUGACCAAGCUCCUAUAUUUCGGAGAGUUUUUAAAAAUGAGUUUAAGAAAUGUGGUCAUUUUGUAUAUAGUUUUUUUCAAUGGAAGAUCAUCUCUAGCCAUCGUAUGUAAUGCUUCUGUCCUUUUGUUUACAUACUUUAAAAGAAAAAGUCAUCUUCAUUGGACAUUGACACCACAUGAUAGCCACGGAUUCUCAAACCGACUCAAUCUGGUAAUUGACCAAUCAAGAGUUGAGUAGAUUUUUCAGAACCAGAACUCAAAUGUUUUUUCUCUCAGCUCUGUUUUGCUGGCCUAUCUGAUCCAUUGUCUUGCGUAUACAGCUUGUUUCAACAUGGCAGCUGUAGUUCCUUCGACGCCAGUUUUUCUCUCUGCCACCUGGUAAUAAGUCUGGAUAUUGUUUGUAAGCUUUAGCUGUGUCUUUAACUUUUGCUAUGUACCUUGUGUGCCUGCUAUAGCGUCGGCACCCUUUUUAGAAUAUACACCUGCUCCGGAUAAUUUGUUAGAAUAGAGUUCUCCUCCGUUCCUUCAGAUUACAUUAGAAAUUAUGAAAGAUCAAAUGGGUCUUGGGGUUGGUGUGGGAGAUUACCAGAGGUUGGGGGGUAAUGCAUUUAAACGAGAUGUUUCGUGUGAUUUGAAGUAAGUUGAAUACGCAAGGCUAACUAAGUUGGCGACCGCACAGCUGUAUCGUGUCCUAUGUAUUGUAAACGCUGCAAUCCCAAGGUUGUUGAGCUUGAGUG